AUGAGCCUCUGCUUGGAAAAAGUCCGGCCUUCUCCCUUUUUCUCUCUUCUUUUCUGCGAUUUAAUUGUUACUUGGCUCCUAGAAAUCACCAUUCAAUUCGCUCGCCCCUUGCGGAAAGACACGCCAUCGUUUGUCAGUAGUAACACAAGCUCUGACACUCUCGUACCUGAUUCUGUGCCAGAAGAAAGACCAGCUAACCCGCGGAACCCCGCUCGAUAUCCAGUUAUUAUAAUGAAUUUGCACCGUGACGUCCGCUGGCAGGAACUGAAGGAUUUUGGAAGACUUACGGGAUGUCUUGUAGCAUACUGCGAUUUAGACCGAGGUCGCAAUGGACGAGGGUUCAUCGAGUAUUUCACUAGAAAAGACGCGGAAAAGGCGAUUCGGACGCUGGAUGGUAGGCGUCUACUCGGAAAGGAAGUGCGGGUUGUGGGUUGGGAAAGAUUGCGCUCGCGAGGGCGUUCGCGUUCAAGAUCGGUACCCGAGUAUUAUGAACGAUCUCGGCGUUCGUGUAGCCCUCGGAGGUCCACAAGAGAUUCUCCAAGGGAUCAUGUAUACUGCUCCAACGGUGAUUCGAUGACGACCGUAUACGAGCCUCGUUAUUACUAUCCACCUCCGCCGCCGCCACCACCACCACCAUACCCAUAUCACACACUGGAUAAACCGAGCCGCCCUUAUUUUUGCCCGGAGGAGGCUAGCCCGUAUCGCGAGACGGGUUAUGGAUGGGAUUCUCUGCACUACUACGAUUACUACAACUCUGGUCAAUACGGGGAGGAUACUAGGGCAGACCAUUCUUAUGGGAUGGCGGCCUACGAGUGA